AUGCCACCACCACGAAAACCGGUGUCUAAACAGACAGCCCCGCCAAAGGCGACGUCGAAGCAGCGGCAGAACUCCGUACAACGACAAGCAUCAGUACCGCGGAGGAGAGCAGGAAGCGCGUCAGAUACAGAAAGGGGAGGCAAUGAUCCUGCGUUGAGGCGAAAGCUGGGGGAUUUGAGGAACCAAUUUGAGAACAUCAAUCUCAAAUAUCAGAAUCUGAAGGAGAUAGGGAUGACUGAUAAAGAGACCGUCUUUGAGCAGUUGAAGCGCACGACAGACCAACGAGAGAAAGACCAAGAUUCCGUGAUCAGGUCUCUUAAGCAACAAGUCGCCUCCCUUCAAACGCGAGCCUCUGAGACGUCAUCAUUACGGAAAGAGGUCGCAGAACUAACAGCUGCUAAUAGCAGGCUGACCUCGGAAAACAAGACCCUCUCCGCAUCUCUGGCUACCGCACAGAAUGAGAACAAGACCAUCACCGCGAAACUGGCACAGGCACGCUCUUCGGCACCACCGGAAGGAAAGGCUGGACAGGGCAGCGCGAUGAAACAGCAGCAGCGUAGUGUCGUCCUCCCCGGAUCCGCAGAAGCGCAGAAAGAAUUUCAGAUCCGCAAGCUCAAGGAAGAUCUCUACAGUGAUCUUACUGGGUUGAUAAUACGAGGCGUGAAGAAGGGUGAAGACAAUGAAGAUAUAUAUGAUUGCAUUCAGACUGGCCGCAACGGCACGCUUCAUUUUCAUUUCACAAUACCCGCACACGAUGGCGAGACGGCAUACGACAACGUGUACCUCGAGUAUCUGCCAAUUCUCGACGAAAAGAGGGAUCAGGACCUUUUCGACAUCCUACCCGACUACGCUACUGAUCCAGAGGGAAUUGCGAUCCCCAGGAAUCAAGUGGCGAAGUUCUACUACAAGAUUGUAGACUUUAUGACGAAGAAGACUAUUAUCGAAGACUAG